CCCACCAAAAAAAAAAAAAAACCUUCUCUCUUUUCUUAAGAGUCAUUCCAAAUAAGUAUUACUUUAUUUUGUGUCCAAGUAAGAGCCAUCCGAUCGUUUUAACUUUGAACACGCCCGACUUUAUCUGAUUUUUGCAUCCACCUACUCUCCGACUUUAUUUAUAUCUCUUUAUUUAUAUUUACCUCCCCAAGUUAUUACUUACUACUACACCCACACACCAACUUAACUUGGUUUUGUUUUUAUCUCACAUAUAAGUCCACCUUUAUAUAAUCUCUCCACAUUCUGCAUUGGCAUUUGCAUUCUUCAUUUCCAUAUUCUCUCAAGUUCCUCUUGCUCUGAGGAAUUUGGAGAGCUCAAGAAGUCAUUAUCAACAAAACAAAUCUGUGGUGGAAAAAUGGCACCCAAGUUUGUUUUCAUUGCCAUCACAAUGGUGGUGCUUCUUUCUUCCUCAGCAUUUGCCCAAAAAACUGCCUCACCGCCUUCACUAGCCCCAACUCCGGCACCUGCACCAGCCCCGGACUAUGUAAACCUGACUGAAUUACUCAGCGUGGCCGGUCCAUUCCACACUUUCCUUGACUACCUUUUGUCCACAAAAGUCAUUGACACCUUACAAAACCAAGCCAACAACACUGAGGAAGGUGUCACAAUCUUUGUCCCAAAAGACAAAGCCUUCUCAUCCCUCAAGAGCCCCUCUCUCAAAAACCUCACAAACGACCAGCUCAAGCAGCUCUUGCUUUUCCAUGCCUUGCCACACUACUACAGCCUUGCUGAGUUCACAAAUCUCAGCCAAAGCAGCCCUGUCAAUUCCAUGGCUGGUGGGCAGUACUCCUUGAACUUCACCGAUAAUUCGGGGACUGUUCACAUUAGCACAGGCUGGACCAGAACAAAGGUCAGCAGCAGUGUGCACUCAACUGACCCUGUUGCCAUUUACCAAGUUGACAAUGUCCUCCUUCCUGAGGCCAUUUUCGGUACCGACAUUCCUCCGACCCCUGCUCCUGCCCCUGCCCCAGAUAUCGCCCCGGUUGCGGAUGGCCCGACAUCUGAGGAUGCUGGGGCCAAGUCUCCAACAUCUAAUUUGUCAGGGAAGUCUGCUUCUUUCAGGAUCAGCAGCUGGGGAAUUUGGAGUCAGUUGGCCUUGGCGGUUUCAGGUGGAUUCGCAUUGAUGUUCUUGUGAAGUGAAGAGUUCGGGGAUUCCAUGAUGAAUCUUUAACUUAUGUCAUCAAGAGGGUAUAUUUGGAUUUAUUCCAGGUGCUUUAUUUUUUUUAUUUGAAAACCAUUUUUUUCUGAACAUAUGUGCUGCUAUUGAAUUUUAUGAUGUAUGAGGAUGUGGGAGAUCUUCUGCUACGGGAGAUGCAUUUUGUUUGAUCUAUUGUCAUAUAGAAAAUAUUAUUGUACUCCUCGGCUCUCAGCUUUAAUUAAUUGUUGUGUUGCUUUCGGUAUACAAGACAUUAAAUGUUUUUCCGUAU